CUUUCACUUUCUUUCAUCCAAUCGUCCUGAACUCCUUGUUGCAAGUCAUCAGGUUGCACUGACGACAUGCCUGAUCGAGGAGCCACUCUAUAAAUACCGUGCAAUCAACAACGCAAGCCAUGAUAAUACAGGCUAGCUAGGCUACAUCAUCGUCGUUUAUUCUUGAUCAAAUCAAGGUCUCGAUCGAUGGCUUCAUCGGCGAUGCUGCAGGUGUUCGGCCAGCCGGCGUCGACGGACGUGGCGAGGGUCAUGGCGUGCCUCCUGGAACGGCAGCUCGACUUCGAGCUCGUCCGCACCGACACCUUCAAGCGUGGGCACAAGCAGCUCCCCGAGUUCGUUAAGAUGAGGGCACGUUCAAAAAAUCCCAGAAACUCCUGCUGCAUGCUAAUCGGCAGUCUGCACCAAGUUUGGUUUCUGUUCCCCUUGCUCUGAUUUUACUUGCAUGCUGGAUAUCUAUGAUGAUGCAGGAUCCCAGCGGCCAACAGGUGACGCUCACGCACGGCAACAUCACCCUCGGUGAUUCCAGGGACAUAUGCCGGUACGUGUGCACCGAGUUCCCGCGGUGGUGCACGAGGGACCUGUACGGCGCGGGCGCGCUGGAGCGCGCGUCCAUCGAGCAGUGGCUGCAGGCGGAGGCGCAGAGCUUCGACGCGCCGAGCUCGGCGCUGGCGGCGUUCCACCUCGCCGUGGGCGGCGCUCCCGCGCCCUGCGUCGCCGUCGGCGACGAGAAGGCCGCCGCUGCGGCGGAGAGCGAGCGGGAGCUGCUGCGCGUGCUGGACGUGUACGACGGCGCGCUCGGCCGGAGCGCGUACCUCGCGGGCGACGAGUUCACGCUGGCGGACCUGUCGCACCUCCCGAGCGCGCACUACCUCGCGUGCUCCGCGAGGGGCCGCGCGCUGCUGGCGUCCAGGGGCAACGUGGCGCGGUGGUACGCCGCCAUCUCGUCGCGCCCGGCGUGGAGGCAGGUGGUCGCGGUGCAGGCCCGGACCGCGCACUACCCUGUCGUCGCGUUCCACCCGUCCGCCGUUUGAUGUUUUGCUCCCCGGCGAGCCUUGCACCUAACACCGUGAUGUGUGUCUGUCCGUGUAACGUCCUGCGCUUGUGUAACGUACGGUACGUACGUAGGUCGGUAGGGUAGGUGUACGAGUUCCCGCAGUUAUGUCCUCAUUAAUAACAUGGAUGCAUAACCUUCGCCUGCAUUGG